AUGCAGAUGGUGCUGGAGGAACGGGACCUAUGGGAGGUCGUCAGCGGUGAGAUCAAGGCGGAACAGUGCGAGACUCAGUUGGACCAAGCGACGUACAAGAGGAAGUCAAGAAAGGCGAUGGCAGUGAUCUGUCUAGCCAUGGAAGAUUCCCAGCUACCGUUGGUCCGGUCGGCAAGUGGUGCAUGCGACGCAUGGUCAAGGUUGGAAGACCACUUCGAGAAGAAGAGUCUUGCCAACAAGCUGUUCUUGCGCCGUCGCUUCUUCACGACAAUGAUGGAAGAAGGCGACGAUGUGCUCGAACACAUCAACAAGCUCAAGACGCUGGCGGAACAGCUAGAAGCGGUGGGGGCUCCAGUCUGCGAGGACGAUCUGGUGAUCACACUCCUCGGCAGCCUGAGUGACUCGUAUCAAUUCUUGAUCACAGCUUUGGAGUCGCGCUCAGACACUCUUAGCUGGGAGCUCGUGACGUCUCGACUGCUUCAUGAAGAAAUGAAGCGGAAGGAGCAAGGAAGUAAAGGUGAUGAAGCUUCGCAAGGUCAAGCGUUCAUCACAAGGGACAAUCAGCGCAAAGGGCGACCAGUGAAGAAGUCCUGGCCGUGCCACAAUUGCGGAAAGAUUGGUCACUGGAUGGCGGAGUGCCCCUCGCGCAUCCAAGAAAACACGGAGAGACACCGGCCACAGCGUGCUCAAGACAGCGGCGACCGCUAUCGAUCACAACGUGCAAACGUCGCUCAAGAAGAAGACUCGGGCGACUACCUCUUUUCGAUCGGUGAAACGACAUCUGCGAAAUCGAGCGACAUCUGGCUGGUCGACUCCGGGGCGACGCAGCACAUGACGUGCUCCAAGAAGUUCAUGCGGAACUACAAGGGGUUUGACGCUGUGGAUGUCCAUCUCGCGGAUGAUGGAAUCGUCCAAGCAAUCGGCAGUGGGGACAUUGUCAUGUCGAUGAAGACACCCCAAGGGAUGAAGAAAGGUGUGCUCACAAACGUGUGGCACAUCCCAAAGUUAUCCAGAAACCUGUUCUCGGUCGGCCGCUUCACCAAGGAUGUCGGCCCAGUGACGUUCACGAAGGAUGGGUGCUAUGGAGAAGCGAAAGGGACCAAGUGGAAAAUUGGUGCCCGUGAAGGUAAAGGACUGUUCAAGCUGCAAAUGACUCCAGUGGCGCCGGAACAAGCAAAUGCAGCCAAGUCGUCGGGAUGUCAAGGGGGCACCAAGUCGUACCUCUGGCACCUUCGGCUUGGCCACAUAGGUCACGAUGGACUCAAUUGCAUCGUGACGAAGAACAUUGGAAUUGGCAUCGACAUAUCUUCGGUGAAGAAGUGGGACGUGUGUGAAGGUUGUGCUCUGGGAAAACAGACUCGAGUGCGCUUCCAAUCAAACACUACAGCUCGCACCUCCAAACUCCUCGAAGUGAUUCACAGCGACGUAUGCGGACCGAUGUCGAUGGCAACUUUCAGUGGAAAACGGUACUUCGUGACAUUCAUUGAUGACAAGUCAAGAUACUGUGUCGUCUAUCUGCUCAAGAGCAAAUCUGAAGUUGCGGCGAAGUUCAUGGAAUACGCUGCGAUGGCCGAAACGCAAACCGGAAAGCGCGUGAAGUACCUUCAAAGCGACAAUGGGGGUGAAUACAAGUCCGACAAGCUGGCACGAUUCUGCGCGGAACGGGGGAUACAACAAAGGUUCACACCCCCAUAUACUCCUCAGCUAAACGGAGUAGCUGAGAGAAUGAAUCGCACGCUGGUCGAGUGUGCGCGUUGCAUGAUGGAACACGCUGGACUGGGAAAGAGCUACUGGGGUGAAGCAGUGAUGACGGCGAUGUUUCUUCGAAACCGCUGUCCAACACGUGCCAUUCACCAAGACAAGUCUCCAUAUCAAGUGUGGACGAUGAAGAAACCGAUUCUGGCCAACCUUAAAGUGUUUGGAUGCCACGCGUAUGUUCAAGUGCCUCAAGACAAACGCGCGAAGUUCGACUCCAAGUCAUCACUCUGUCGUUUCCUGGGAUACGCCGAACACCAGAAGUCAUAUCGAUUUGAGGAAGUGUCAACAGGAGCGAUCAAGAUCAGUCGCGAUGCCAUAUUCAUGGAAGACAAGUUUGAUGAAGGUCCGCGCAACUACAACAAUGAGUCAAGUGUCGUUGAGUUUGAUGAUCAUGAUGAGGACGAAGAAAAAGAAGAAGGUAAAACUGACGACGACAUGGACUCGAGCGACGAUGACAACGAAGACACCAGGUCUUCGAAGAGCAACAUCAAGAGACACACGCGCACUCAAUCACUUGAGAAAGCUACCGUCAUUCCAAGUCCCAAGCGAAGAACAUACAGAGGUCCGUCGCUUGAGCAUGUGUCAGCGGCUGCAAUGGAUUUUGAAGCAGCCUACAUCGUUGAUUCAGUGGGGGAAACGCCGACUACAUUCAAGUCGGCGAUGGAAUCAAGCGACUCCGGCAAGUGGAAAGAAGCGUGUGACUCGGAGUUCGAUUCGCUUCAGAGAAACGACACGUGGGAAAUCGUGCCUCUUCCGAAAGGUCGCAAGGCCAUCGGGUGCCGAUGGGUUUUUCGUGUAAAGGAGAAUCAAGAUGGCGAAGUUGAACGUUUCUGUUGCAUUGUAGAUCGGAGCGAGGAAAGCGGAGCAAACGGAGCGGAGAGACCGAAGAGAGUAGAGCAGAAAACACUUGCCCAAUAG